GUUUUGUUCUGAACUUUUUAUGCAACAGAAUCCAUGGCGAAAGCCGCUAACGCAACCGGAAAAAAGUACUACAAUUAUUUCACUGCAUGCCUCAUGCUUCUGCAAAUGUGUGAAGUGCAAUAUAAACUUAAAUGAAUACACACAUUAGAAAUUCUGAAAGUUAAAAACUUUAAAUAGCCCAACGAUCAACAGCUCGACGGACGAACGCACACACGCUCAGUUAAAAGGUUAGGUUUUCUAGCAUUAACCAAUAAUGCGGCGAUUCCAAUGAAAAAUCAAUUCUAAAUUGUUGGAUGCCAUUAGUAUUGGUUAUUGGCGAGACAACCAGUAGCAGCUUUAAGAAACUAGAACUCUACUCUAUUAGUUUAAGUUCAAUAAACAAUAACAUGUCCGAUAAUAAUGAAAUACUGGCCAGUGGGGCAUCGGAAGAAAUCAGAACAACUGAUGAUGCGCCGACAACGACGCCAAUUGUAAAUGAGCGUAAGCGCCCACGAUUGGAAGACGAUGAACGCGAGCUUAAAGUGGCAGGAUUCUCGCUAAGUGCUAUCGAGGAAAUGCGUCACACAAGAGACGUGGAGGAGCAAUGCGAGCCCAUCGAUCAGCAGCUUCGUCAGUUCCAGGUGCUCGAUGAGAUCGGCUCCGGAAGUGAGGAGGAUGAGUCAGAUGAAAACAGCGAGAAACAAAAUGGCGAAACUUGCGCUGAUGACGAGGAGGCCGUCGGUGGCGACCAAGAUGAUUACGAUUCAUCCGAAUUCGAUGAUGAGGAAAUUGAGAAUCUGCUGGAUGAGAAACUGCCCGAUGAAUUGCGUGAAUCAAAGAGACCAAAGUAUGAGGAGCGUUACAAGACCGUUUUGGAAGAAAAACGCCAUAACCACUUUGAAGUGCUUCCCGAAGGCUGGGUUCAGGUCACACAUAACAGCGGCAUGCCACUCUUUUUGCAUCGGAAAACGCGAGUUUGUUGCGCCUCCCGCCCCUACUUUCUGGGUACUGGUAGUGCCCGGAAGCACGCCGUGCCUUUGGGCGCCAUACCUUGCCUAAAUUACCGCCGCGCUUUGGAUGAGGAAGCUGAGGUUGAAAACCAGCCAGUUGAGGUCAACCCGACAAAUCAGCCAAAUGAGCAGCUCCAAAAUCAGCUCGUCUGUCCCGUUGCACAUACAACGAAUUCUAGCGAGCCCAUGGACGUGGCAGACAAAGAGAAAGAUAACGACAAAGAAGCAGAGAAAGAAGGCCCAGCGGAACGCAAAGCAGAGAUAAAGAAACUAAUGCCCGAAGCCAAAAUUGUGACUGUCAAUGAGAACACACAGAAGGAGUCUGUAACACCAGAACAGCUGAACACAUACUGCCAGAAGCUGUUUAAGUUCAAGGUGAUUCGCGUGCUGCGCUUUCGAAGCUGGAAUGCACGGCGCAAGUUCACCAAAAACCGCAAGCAUAUCAAAAACAUACAACGUCCUACACUGCCCGAUGGCACCAAGCUCAUAAAGUUUCCUAUACUGGCAGCUGGAGGUGAGGGCGUCAGCAAUCCACGUGCCCGUAAGGAAUGGAUUAUGAAUCCAAAUGGAAAAAGUUUCGUUUGCAUUCUGCAUGAAUACGUACAGCAUGCAUUGAAGACUCAGCCAACGUAUGAGUUCAAGGAACUUCAGAAUGCAGCCACACCUUACUCUGCUACUGUAACGGUUAAUGACCUCAAGUACGGCACUGGCUAUGGAACCAGUAAGAAACAGGCUAAGUCGGAGGCAGCGCGUGAGACUCUUGAAAUAUUGAUACCUGAUGUAAAAGAUAAGAUCACUGGCAACAACAAGGACCAAAAGACCAGUAACACAAAAAAGACACAGAGCGAUCUAUCGGUUUUUGAUGACAUACGCAUUGAGGAUCCGCGGGUUACUGAAUUCUGCAACAAGACAACCGAGCCAUCACCAAACGCCAUUUUGUUGACAUGCUUGCAGCGCAACUAUGGUAGCGAUGUGCAGAUCACGCAGGAGAUAAAUCGCACGGCAAAUAAAAAAAAUGAGUUCACAAUGACAGUGGGUCGACAUACGGCCAAAGUGGUGUGCAAGAAUAAGCGUGAGGGUAAGCAGCUGGCAUCGCAGGCCAUUCUACAGAUACUGCAUCCACAUAUUCAAACUUGGGGCUCACUUCUGCGCCUGUAUGGCAACAAUUCGAUCAAGACUUUCAAGGAGAAGAAACUGGAAGAGCAGGAGAUUACGGUCCUGCAAAGCAAGGCAGCUGUGAAUCAGCCAAAUUACGCCAUUCUCGAAAAGCUAAAGUCUGAGAUGCUAAAGCUGUCCGCCAAACACGAAAGUGUUCAGACAAGGGGCACCUUUGUACCACCCAAUGAUGUCGAUCUGCCAACAUCGUCGGGCUCCAAUUUAAAUAACGUAGAGUUAUAAUCGCAGCUGCUGGCAUCGUCGGAGUUACUCAAAUGAAUAUCGGGUAGCAGAAGCUCUUUUAAAUUUCGGUUUCCAAAUUGCAUGACAAAUUAUUAAAUAGUUCCCACAAGAUGCUUGAGAAUAUGACAAUUGUAUUAUCCAUGCACAACGACGUAGUUCUCUACUUCGCAGCCAUUUACAUUUACAUAGAAGAUUGCUAACAAUCCCGAUUUAUAUUCGCAAAAACGGUUACAAGUUUUAUUGAACGCGUAGUAUUUAAUUGUGAGAUAUUGCAAUUAACUUGAAACAAAGGCCCAGAGUUUGUGAUUUCCAUGUGAUUGAAGGAAUCAACGAUGUUUAAUUAACCUUAAUUGUAAUAGGCUGAAAAUAUAGUUAUAUCUCGAUAUUGUUCAAUUUGCAUUUUAAUAAAGCGUAAA